AUGUUUUGCCGCUGUCCGGACAACAGAGGGUCCGGAGACUCCCGAGGACAGGGAGUGAUCAUGUCGACUGUGAUGUCUGAGCAGCUCCAGAAGGAAGAAGAUGCGGGAGAAGAGGAGGAGGAGGAUGAAGAGCAGGGUGAAGAGUUCGUGUUUGAGGACAGCUCUGAGGAGGAUAACCAACCAGAGGAGAGCAGAGGAAACGCAAAAGACAUUGAACUCUCUGUGACCGCCGCAAAAAUUGAUGUGACGUCAAUUUGCAAUUCUCAAGCGCCUUCGGAAAAUUACAUCCAAGAGGUUUGCGACGCUGUUCCACCUGCUGGACAGGAGGGGGCGCCAGACAAAGAUGUAGCAACCAUUCCAGUCUCAGAUGUUCCAGUUAGUGAGUCACCCAGCUGGACUGUGCCAAAUGCUGGGUUCGACAGCACUACUGCAGAACCUUGUCCGGGGGAAGAACGCCAAGAAUCUCCCGCAGUAAAACUUCCUCAAGCAGAAGACCACUGCAACAACACCAGCCAGGAAAUCACCUGCUCGGGGGACACCUCAGAAGCAGCGGCUUGCGAGACUACAGAGGUGAUCUAUGAUGAUGUUCCAAACGAGGACCUCCUCUCUCCCGACGAAGAUAUGAUCUAUGAAGACGUUCAAAGUAACACCGGCCGAGCGGCGGCUGCAGACAAUGGAUGGAGCUCCAGCGAAUUCGAAAGCUACGACGAACAAUCCGAUAACGAGAGCAAACAGCCGACACGAAGCAAGGACUGUGCCAAAUGCUGGGUUCGACAGCACUACUGCAGAACCUUGUCCGGGGAAGAACGCCAAGAAUCUCCCGCAGUAAAACUUCCUCAAGCAGAAGACCACUGCAACAACACCAGCCAGGAAAUCACCUGCUCGGGGGACACCUCAGAAGCAGCGGCUUGCGAGACUACAGAGGUGAUCUAUGAUGAUGUUCCAAACGAGGACCUCCUCUCUCCCGACGAAGAUAUGAUCUAUGAAGACGUUCAAAGUAACACCGGCCGAGCGGCGGCUGCAGACAAUGGAUGGAGCUCCAGCGAAUUCGAAAGCUACGACGAACAAUCCGAUAACGAGAGCAAACAGCCGACACGAAGCAAGCUCUCCCCCGAUGUUCUCCGCCUGAGAGAGCGAUGUGCCAGGACCAAACGCGAACUGGCUACGAGGCUAGCCGGCAAGCACAACUAUGACAUGAAGGUCCAGCAGCUUAUGAAGGCGGCCAAGAGUGGGACCAAGGAUGGGCUGGAGAAGACCAAAAUAGCCGUUAUGAGAAAAGUGUCCUUCCUACAAAGAAAGGACCAAUUUGAAGAGGAAGACGAUGCAGGCUAUUUGGAUGUGGCCGUGUCCGAGGUGAAGCAUCCUCCCCCACAGCUGAGCCCGAUGCCAGAAGGACUCUCCAGCCAUCAGGUUGUCAGGCGCCAUAUCCUCAGCUCUAUCAUUCAGAGCGAGCGCAGCUACCUCGAGUCCCUGCGAAGGAUUUCACAGGAAUACCACCGGCCCUUGUUGGAGGCUGACCCCCGCAUCAUCAGUCCCAGGAAGAUCCGCCCCAUAUUUUACCGAAUAAGAGAGCUGACGCAGUGCCACUCCAUGUUUCAAAUCGCACUGACAUCUCGAGUAUCGGAGUGGGACAGCAGUGAAAAGAUUGGAGACCUUUUUGUUGCAUCGUUUUCCAAGUCCAUGGUGCUUGAUGUUUACAGCGAUUAUGUCAACAAUUUCACCAACGCCAUGGCUCUGAUUAAAAAGGCCUGCAUGUCUAAGCCUGCAUUCCUGGAAUUUCUUAAGAAAAAGCAGGCGUCCAGCGUUGACCGAAUAACGCUGUAUGGUUUGAUGGUCAAACCCAUUCAAAGAUUUCCACAGUUCAUUUUACUUCUUCAGGACAUGCUGAAGAACACUCCGAAGGGUCACGUGGACCGCCUCCCGCUGCAGCUGGCUCUGACCGAGCUGGAAGCGCUGGCUGAGAAGCUGAAUGAACAGAAGCGCGUGGCUGACCAGAUUGCAGAGACUCAGCAGCUCGCCCGCAGUGUAGGAGAUCGACUGCUCAGUAAGCAACUGAACUCUAAACAGGGGUCGCUGGUUCUUUGUGAAACACUUAUUGAGACCGUGUAUGGUGAGCGGGGACAAGUUCUGAAAUCGAAGGAGAGAAAAGUCUUCCUCUUUGAUGAUGUCCUCAUCUGUGCAAACAUAAAUGUCAAGGGGUCUCCCGAUAUCAGCAGCUUGGUCCCUGUCGGCCCCAAGUACACCAUGAAGUGGAGUGCCCCAUUACAACAGGUGCAAGUGGUGGAAGUCGGCCAAGAGGGUUCUCAAAGCAAAGACUCCUUCACCUUCCAGCCAAGUGGUGCUAAGCGACCUGCCAUCUCGGCGUGCUCUUCAGUGUCAGACAUCCUAGGUAAGGCCCUCCUGGGACCCCCACGGCUCUACCAGGAACUCCAGGAACUGCAGCACGACCUCUCUGUUGUGGAGGAAGUUACUCUUCUAGUGGGGACACUUCAGGGCACAUACCAGAAUCUGAACACCACUGUGGCUCAGGACUGGUGUUUGGCCCUCCAGAGACUUAUUCGCAUCAAAGAAGAACAGAUCCAGUGUGCCAACAAAUGCCGCUUGCGCUUGCAGGUGCCCGGCAGGCCAGACAAGUCAGGGCGCCCUGUCAGCUUCAUGGUGGUGUUCAACACUCAAACCCCUCUGAGUAAGAUCUCCUGGGUCAACCGUCUGCACUUGGCCAAGAUCGCACUGCGUGAGGAGAACACACCGGGUUGGUUAUGUGGAGAGGAUGAUGGGAAAACAAUGCCACCCUUUUGGUAUCCACUCCUGGCCUGUCACAUGCCUGUAUUUGCAACAAAGUCACCUGAAAGAAAGCUGGAAGCUGCCCUCCACCAUCCUGUUCACUGCGCAUUGUUGGGCUUCUCUGCAGCGAGCACCUCCUUACCUCAGGGCUACCUCUGGGUCGCUGGUGGAGGCGACCCAUCGCAGGGGCAGAUAGAGAUCUUUUCUCUCAACAGGCCUGUGCCCAGGGCGGUGAAGAGCCUGCAGCUAGGCUCGGCCGUCCGUUGUCUGGAGUAUAUACCUGAGCUCUGUACCAAUGAGGAUGAAGCUGCACUUCCCAAGUCUCCCACCGGGAGCAGCUCCAACAUUUGUAUUGGAUUGGACGAUGGGCGUGUUCUGGUGUAUGGCAGCGUGGACACUGCAGCACAGUGUGUGUUGACCCUCCAUAACCCUGAAGGCUGCCCAGUGCUGUGCCUCAAGCACUCCUCUCACUUCCUGUUUGCUGGUUUGAGAAACGGCACCAUCAAGGUUUAUAGAAGACACCAGAGUGAUGAGCUUUGGGAGUCGGAGCCGUGCCGAUCGGUGAGUUUGGGAUCUGAACCAGUGCGGACUCUGCUGGUGCUGGAUGAGAAUGUGUGGGCGAGCAGCGGGAAUACAGUCACAGUGAUGGACUCCUCCAACUUCAACUUUCAGAAGUUUGAAGUGCACCCAGAGCCGAUGGUGAGUGUGGCACACAUGGCGCAGGCCGGCGGCGGGGUGUGGAUGGCUUUUUCUGAGGGGUCGUCCCUUCGUCUGUUUCACACGGAGACGCUGGAGCUUCUGCAGGAGAUCAACAUCUCCAUGCGCUCCACACUUCUCAACACUGGCCAAAAGAUGCGUGUCACAAGCCUGCUUAUUUGCCAGGGUCUCUUAUGGGUGGGCACCGCACAAGGCCUAAUUGUCACUCUACCCGUUCCCAAAUUGGAAGGCAUCCCCAAAAUUACAGGUAAAGGGAUGAUUUCUCUGAACGCCCACAGUGGACCCGUCGACUUCCUCGUGGCCACCAGCAGCUCCCUGUCCCCAGAGCUUCUCAAGAGAGACUCAUGGUGCGACGGUCCAGACUCUGCGUGCGGUGGAGAGGAGCGCAGUGACACCUCCUCACAAGAGUCGCUCCAGCAGCAGUCCUCCUCAAACCAGGCCGAGCCCAGAGGCCGAGGCCGCGGCGUGAUCCUCCAGUACCGCCUGCGCUCCACCUCCGGUCUGCCAGGGCACCUGCUAUCGCCCGACGGGGACGAGGUUUCCGAAUCCUCCCUGGAGUCCCUGGAGCACAGCGUGGAGGACGGCUCUAUUUACGAGCUGAGCGACGACCCCGAGAUGUGGGUGCGGGGGCGGGGUCCGUGCGAGCGGGAGGCGGCGCGCAAGGACCGGGUGAGCUCGGUGGCCGUGCUCUCCGGAGGCAGAGGCUUCCGGAGACUGAAGGAGAGAGGAGCGAACAGGACGGGUGCAGAGGGGUCGGAGAAUGUCCUCAUGGUGUGGCAGCUCCCUCUGACUGUCUGA